UUGUCAUUUGGAAAUUCUUUAUUUAAGCUACUAGUGCAUAUUUGCCUUGAAUAUUUUAUUAAAUACAUGAAAACUUCAUGCAGAUCUUUUUGACAAAAAAAUACUUUCAGUCAUGACCUCUUUCUGAGAGAUGAUAAACAUUGAAAAAUGCAGCAUGAAGGAGUGAAGGUUUUAAAUCAAGAAAACUUCAUUGAGGCAAAAUUUAUUAACUAGAAUUCUUAAUGUAGAAUGUGUUGAAAAAUUUCAACGAUAAUAUUGUCAAAUAUUUCAAGAAAAUGGGCAAAGUCAAGCAAAAUAAAAAGAAAAACCGCCACAAGCCGACUGGCAUGAUGAGUGUUCAAGAAGCUGAGGCUAAAGAAGAUGAACAAGUUAGAAGUAUGGAAAUGAAGACAUUGCCUAUAUUGGAAAAGUUAAAUUCUCCCCAAGAACGCGCUCAUGCUUGUGUUGGCUUAGCUAAUCUUGUAUUGGAGUCUAAAUCUGUACAGCCAUUGAUGGAAAAUGAAAUUGUUCGAAGAGUAGCACCAUUAAUCCUUGAUGGAGAUACGGAAAUUCAGGAAUCAGCUGCAGGUGUUUUGAGAAAUCUUACUCUUUCCAAUGUCCCAAAUAUUUGCAAACAAAUGAUUGAACAAGAUGUUAUGACACCUGUGUGCCAUUAUGUUAAACAGUUGUCGGAACAAAUUCAAGCAUCAAGCAAGAUAAGUAGGAAGAUUGUGAAAAGACAGUCUUCAGUUCAUGAACAAAUUAUGCAUUUACUAUUAAAUUUAAGUGAAAAUUCAAGUGAGAUUAUAAAAAAGAUCAAUGAUGAAAGUUUGAUUCCUGUUCUUAUCAACUUCUUAAAUGCUGAACUUUUUGAAUUUGAAAAUGUCCUCAUUACUGGUCAAUGCUUAUACACACUCACUGAAAACAACCCUACCGCUGCUGCCAUGAUUGUUGAAUCAAAUUCAUGUCUAAAGAUAAUAGAAAAGAAUUUGCUAUGUAGUGAUGCGAAAGAAGAGUUAUUGUUAUUCAAAGUCAAUAUGGCUGGUAUUCUUUUCAAUAUUGCAUCAAGUAUGCCAACACAUACAUUAUUUGAGAUGUUCCAGGCAAUUGGAAGUAUUUUUGCCAAAGUAUUAAGUUAUGAUGUCACUCCAUAUACUCAACUUUUGCUGAUGAAAAAAAAUGACUCGCACAAAUAUGAAAUGAUGGACACCAUCUCAAGUGACGAGAAGUUGGAAGUGACUGUUCAGACAGAGAAUCCUUCAUCAAAUGAUGAUACAAAGGAUGGUAUAAAGGAUGGUAUAAAGAUUCAAGAUCUUCACUAUGUUUUGGAAGCUCAGCAAGUUGCUUUGGAAAUUUUGACGAAUAUGUGCUGUUGUGGGGACGACCCUGACGAGGAAGAACAAUGGGAAACCUUGGACAAUGAUGAACAUGAUUACAACGGCGAAGAUGGUUAUAUUAAUGGAUCUUUUGACAAUGAAAUGAAUCAAAACAUUAGUCCAUCAUGUCUAUCUGGAGAAAUAGUCUCAUCAAUAUUGUCCAAUGAAUUACCAAAGCUGGUUUUGGAGCGUUGCACCUUCGAUCAUCUCAAUGAGGAAAUUAUUGCCAGUUCGAAUAUACCUGAGGCAGCUGCUUGCCGUAAGAUAAUGAAGAGGAUACAAACACGAGCAUUGGUUUGUCUUAACAAUUUAUUAUCGAAUAUUGACGUGAACCAACUUGGUGACAAUGAAGCUAUCGUUGUCCUUUGGAACAAAAUAAUCAAGAUUACGGUCAAAAAUGAUGAUUCUUCUCGUUUCACUCGAACAGAUGAUGAAUUUGUUGAGGCUGCAUCAGGCGCUCUUCGCUCAACGCUUGAAAAAUUGGUUGAGGCUAAUGCUCAGGAGUGCGUAACGAUAGAGCAAGUGGAACUAAUAUGUUCAAUAAGUCUUGUGGUGUCCUUUGAAGCAGCCAAAGUUAAUCUCAUGAAUGUUUUGGGAAAUAUGGGGAAAAUAUUAAUUCAGAUCGACACACCCGAUGCUCAUAAAACUCUUCAGAGUAUUGGAAUAGUUUUACGAGAUGUCCUUACCAGUAAUGAAAGCCUCUUGGUGAUUGCCGAGGCACUUGACGCAAUAUUCGAAGUGUUUGCGGACAGCUCUCUCGCAGAUGAUAUUGCCACAAACAUUAAAUUGCUAUCGACAUUGGAGAAAAUUGUUCCAGCUCUUAAAUCCAGGGUGAAGAAAGAACGAUCUCAUCUUGGCGAUCGCUUGUCCAUUAUUAACACGGCCAGAACUAAUCUGGUUCGCUUCCUUCAGUAUAAGAAACAGAUAAGUUCAAAAUAAAUUGAUUUUGAUGAAACAAAAUAUAUUUUAUAUUACAUUUGCGA